CUCACUUUCCUAGGCGACAUCUAGUGGGGGUUUCCGGUCGUAAACGUCAGCGUUUGUUUACGACCUAACCUAUGCACGGUGUAAAUAAUGGCGCAGGUGAACCAAGAGCUGCUGCAGCGCUUCCAGCGGGCCUCAGUGGCAGUGAGCAGCGCGGCUUCAGGGGCCCCCGUCCACAGUGCGGUGUUGCAGGAUGAGGAGCAGUCGCGCAAGCUGCAGGAGAUCGUGGACCUGCUGGUGGCCGCCGGCUACUUCCGCGCGCGCAUCAAGGGGCUGAGCCCCUUCGACAAGGUGGUCGGGGGGCUCAGCUGGUGCCUGGAGGCGCUGAGCGUCGACCUGGACGUGGACCUGCUGUUCCAGGAGAACGCCACCAUCGGCCAGCAGAUCGCCCUAUCGGAGAAGAUCGUGGCGGUGUUGCCGCGCGUCCAGUGCCCCCAUCGCAUCGAGCCCCACCAGGUGCAGGGGCUGGACCUGGAGCAUGUGUUCCCGGUGGUGCAGUGGCUGGUGAAGGCUUCGAUGGAGGCGCGGGAGCAGAACUGCGCCCAGAUGCGCAACUACGCCCUGCUGCAGUUCCGCAAGGAGGUGCCCGAGUGGGGGGCGCAGCCCCCACACCUCCACAUGCUGGAGGUGGAGGAGCUGUACAGGCCGCAGCGCCGGUUGAAGCGCAAGGGCCCCGCGCCCCCGGAUGUGAAGUCGCGCGUCUUGGUCACGCUGCAGGAGUACGAGCCGCGGGGCGCCGCCCCCAAGCCCGAGCACCUGGAGGAGGUGCCGCAGGCCCCUCCUCUGAACGAGGCGGAGCAGGCGCAAGUGCGCCAGCACUACCAGGCCCUCUCCCUGGAGCUGCAGGAGGCGGCGCCCCAGGCGCAGCUGCUGGAGCGCUGCGCCCAGCAGCGCGCCGCCCUCCAGGCGCGGCUGCUCGAAGAGCAGCGCCUGCUGCAGGAGACGCGCGACUUGCAGCAGCAAACCGAGCGCGCCCGCGCCCAGCUUGACGCCGAGGAGCAGCAGAUGGACCGCAGCGCCGUGCUGCGGGUGGAGGCGCUGGUGCUGCACAACGAGGCGCUCAAGCGCCGGGAGGCCGACUUCAAGGCCGAGUGCCGCGCGAAGCUGCAGGCGCUCCAGGGAUCCCUCGCGGCGGGGCGCGACGCCAGCGCCAGCGACAUGGAGGAGCUGCGCCUGGGGACCCUCAAAGCCAGGCGGCAGCUGGCGAACCGCAACCGCACCGUGGCCCGGCUGCACCGCAUUGUGGACGACGUGCCCUGCAGGGCGGAGCUCGCCCAGUACCAGCACCGCUUCCUCGACCUCUACGACCAAGUGGCGGCCAAGCACAAGGAAACCAAGCAGUACUACAGCCUGUACAACAGCCUGGAGGACCAGCGGCGCUACAUGCGCAAGGAACUGGGGCUGCUCAACUCGGUGGCGGACAACUACCCGCGCGCCAUGGAGACCGCCAGCGGCCGGGAGGAGUUCCUGCAGCAGCUGCACGGCAUCGUCGACGGCCUCAAGCUGAACCGGCUGAAGCUGGAGCAGCAGGUGCAGGCGCAGCGCGCGCUGCGCGACCACCUGGCGGAGGCGCUGCAGCAGCUGCUCGAGCAUCAGCGCGGCUACGUGGCCGCCGUCAACGAGCUGAGCGAGCUGGGGCGCAGCUACACCGCGCUGCUGCAGCUGCGCGAAUAAAACGGGCUCUGCCUUAGAAACAA